AUGUUGUAUUAGACGCAAAGACAAAUUGGAUACUUUUAAAGCUUUAUUAAAAUUAGGUUAUAUUUGGAUAAAGAUUUAAAUUUAUUUCUAUUGCUUCUUUUGGGUUCAAGAAACUUAGAAAACCGAUUUUUAAUUAAAAAAAAAUAAAUAAUAUAUUUCUAUUAUCGAUCCGAAUUAAUCAUGUCAAACAACAAUAGACUAAUAAUAGGAGAUUAUACAGUUAAAUUAGAUGAGAUAUUAGGGUCUGGAUCUUUCGGAAAUGCAUACAAAUGUUAUAAAAACAAUAAUAAGAAUGUUGAGUAUUGUAUGAAAAUAAUUUAAAAAACAUUUAAUACUGAUUAAAAAAAAGAGAAGAAUUAAAAGAGAUAACUUGAAGCAGAAAUAUAAACAUUUCAAUAAUUAAAAAAUGAGGAAUGUGAAAAUUUAGUAAAAAUGAUUGAUAUCAUUGAUUAACCUUCUUAAUUAUGUAUUGUUAUGGAAUUGUGUGAAUAUGAUUUGUCUAAAGAACUUAAUAUGAUAAAAGAAAGCUAAACGUGGCUUUCUCGAUUAGAAAUAGUUGAUUUGAUAAAAUAAAUUUUAAAAGGAGCUAUUGUAUUAAUACGUAAUCAUAUUAUACACAGAGAUAUUAAGCCAUAAAAUAUUUUGGUGAAAAUCAUAAAUAAAGGUUAAUAGAACCAAAGAAAAAUUUACAAAGUAGAAUAUUGUUUAACCUAGUUUCUAGAUUGCCGAUUUUGGUUUUACAAAAUACCUUGAUGAUGUUUACGCUAAAGCCAAUUUAACAAGAGUGGGAACCUUAGUUUAUUGUGCACCUGAAAUACUUAAAGGGAAGGAAUUUUCAUGUAAAUGUGACAUUUAUUCAUACGGAAUCUUACUUCAUUAAAUUACUUAUGAAUUUACUUUUCCAAAUAAUUAUGUAAAUUAAAAUUAGAUGAAAACUUUUGUACUUUCUAUUUAAGAUAAACCAUAUUAAUGUCCUAAACUCCAGGGACCAUAUGGUGAUGAGAUUUGUAAUUUAAUUGAAAGAAUGCUUAUUUAUGAUUAAGAUAAAAGAUUGUCAUUUGAAGAAUUGGAAUCUCAUAAAAUUAUGACAAUGCCUUCUCCAAUACUCAAGGAUUCAAUCUUUUUACCUAUUGAAAGAAACUAUAAUUAGAAAGAUUAUUAAAAAGAAAUUUAAAGAAAUGAAUAAGAAAAAUUUUCAAGAUUACAUUUACUAAUAGAUAUUUUUUAUCGUAAAUUCUUACUUUGUAAAUGGUUUAUUGAUUUUAUGAAAUAAACACUUGUUUUAAAUAAUAUUUAUUUCUUGAUUUUAUAAUAGUUAGUUGAAUUGAUUGGAUUUGAAUAAUUAAACUAUGGAUUUGCUAUGAUCAAUGUUAUUAUAAAUGAUUUUGAACCUACUAUUUUAAAUGACAAUGAUAUUCCUUAAUUAAUUUAACUCUUAAAUUCCUAUUUGAACAAAUCUUAAGAAAAUGCAACAUAUCUAAAUUUACAUAAAAAUAUACUUUAGGAGUAUCAUAAAAUCAAGAAAACUGUUGAAGAAGAUUUUAAUGCUUUAAUAUUACUUAAAAUUUAAAAAGAUUGGAAUUAUAAUUAAGAUGAGUUUAGAUUGUUAAAUUAAGCCAAAACUAAAAAGUUAUCAAUUUAAAAAUGUUGCUAAGUUUUGUAAGAGUUUACAAAUUAAUUAGUUAUUAAUGAUUGGAUAAGUAAAUGUGAUAAGUAAUAAAAAAUUAUGAUAAUUUUAGGCAAACAAAAGAGAGACUUGAAACUAUUAAAAAGAUUGACACUCAAUUUCAAAUUGCACAUUACAGAAUCAUAAAUCCUGAUGAUAUUUUUAAAAUUUGA